AUGGAUAACUUCGAGUACAGCAUCCAGCUGAACGACCGCGAGUGGGCCGAGUUCCUGCGGGCCGCCGAGGAGUGCAGCCUGGCGCCGGCCUCGCUGGCCACGGCCGAGGAGCAGAGCCUCAGUGACAUUGAGCAAGGGGACACGGCGGGACGCGGCAGGGCGAGCCCAGGCAGGCCGGGCAGCGAGCCAGCAUCGCCGGGCACUGCCAGCCCUGCCCCACGUGCUGACGGUGCCGGUGCCACCCGCCCGGAGCGCUGCGUGCCGGGGCCGCCGUCGGGCGGCGGGGACGAGGCGGGGCUGGGCGCUGCGGGCGCGCUCCCGGGUGACAGCCAGCACCGGCCCAGCUGCCCCGCACUCGCGGCCAUGCCCAGCGCCCAGAGGCGGCAGCCACCGCGGGCACCCGCUGGCUCCGCGCAGGACACGGCGGUGGCGGCGCCCGCAGGCGGCCCGGCCACGGAGCAGGGCGGGGAUGCAGGAGGGGGACGAGCCCCGCUGGCAGCGCCAGAAGCUCCGGCAGCCCCUGUGCCCUCGGAGCCCGCGGGGGACCCCCCGAGCCCCGGGAUGGUGCCCAGGGCGGCAGCGCAGGCGGAGCAGGCGGCGGGCACGGAGCCGAGCUCGCCGGGAGCGGCGUCCCCCAGCGUGGUGCGGCCCAAGGUGCCGGCACAGCCCAGGAAGGGCCGCAAGCAGCGCGGAGCCGGCGGCACCGAGGGCGACAGGGACCCCCUGAGCGCGGCACCCGCCGGGAAGGCUCCGCCGGGCUCCCCGGUGUCCCCUCGGAAGGGCAGAGCCAAGGACAAGGCGGCCAAGGGAGCGCUGGUGAGGCUGGGCAGCGAGGAGGCUGCGGACAGCAAGCGGGCGGACGGCGGCGAUGCCGCCCCAAAGCCCCGGGGCAAGGAGCCGCAGCCCCCGGGCAGGACAAAGGGCACCAAGCCCCCAAAGGCAGGGCAGGCCGGGGCUUCGGGCGGACGUGACAGUGUCCCCGCGGUCCCUGGAGACGGAGCCGCGGCUCUGCCAGGGGAGGAGAGCCAGGAGAUGCCAGGGAAGCCUCUGGGGAGUGCGGCAGCGUUGGGAGGGAAUGCUGCUGAGGGGGCUGAGGGGGAGCCUGCUGCUGAGACCCCCAGGGCCGUGAGCCCCCUGUGCUUUGCUGAGGGAGCCUCUGGCAAGCCCAACUCCCUGGAUGUGACCUGGCCCGAGAUGUACGAGUACCUGUUCUGCGAUUCCCAGGAGGAGGAGGAGCUGGGCAGCUCCCUGGAGGGGCGGAAAUCGCCCUUGCAGAGGGAAAUCUCCUGGCCUGAACUGUACGAGUAUUUUUUCACCGAGCCUGAAGGAAGCAGGAAAAAAGGCAAAGCUAAAGACAGGAAAAGAAAGAAGUUCAGAGGCUUGCACAAGGAGGCUCCCAGCUCUGCUCCAGACAAGGACACCGUGGUUAUCUCGGUCCCUGAUGUGCAUGAACACUUGUUCCCACAGCCAGCCCCCAAAAGGAUGGGCUGGAGAGGGAUUUUCUCCAUGGCCCCGGCCUCGGAGGUGAAGAAAGCUGUGAGGGCUUUGGGGUCCCUGCUGCAGAGGCAGGGGCAGCUGGGAGGAGGCCAAGCCCCAGGCUCCCAGGCCCUGGUGCCCAGAAGAUCCGGAGAGGAGCUCGCCCUGGUCCCGCUGGGGUGGCCGGAAGAUGAGGACAGGGCCCUGGCACUGAGAGGAGCAGCAGCGGAGGAGCCGCGGGUGCUGAGCCACAAGGACAUGUGCCUGGUGUUCUGUGCCUUCGCCUCCUGGGCUGUGAAGACAUCUGACCUGCAGGCUCCGGAUGCCUGGAAGACCAUGUUCCUGGCAAGCUUUGGCACCCUCUCGGCCAUCCGCUACUUCCGAAGGACGGUCAGGGAAGGGCACCCCCGGACUUAA